AUGACCUCCCGUUGGGGUUCCAUGCGUAUUGCUGCUCUUCCUCUCACUCGUGGCCGACCACCAAUAACAUACUAUAGCUUACGAAUGCAACGGCCACCGCCUCCACCACAUAUCGAACCGCCGAAAUCAGGCUGGCUUCCGCGGGAGGGUAUCGUAAAAUGGGCUGUUUACAAGGUCGAUUCGACAUGGACGUCAUGGGGACAGGCUAAACCUGGAACAGUGCGCUUUAGAGUGUUUGAAUUCGGCGAACGAUUCUUGGAUCGCUUAGAUUUCGAGGAGGGAGUAUUGAAGCGCAUAGACGUCGAACACGCACCGCCAACGAAACCGCCGAGUGGGUUGGUCGGCGUAGAACGAGAAGAGGCGGAAGCAGCUUUGGCUCAGUUAAAGAUUCCGUUACUUUACGCGCCGAAAGUCACUUCGGCGCCAGAAGCCAUCUCCAACCUCCAAGCUUUUAUCCAGAACCGAAUCCCAAUACACAGCAAAGGCUUUUGGACCUAUCUUCUGAUCGCGCCGUUAACGGCGCCAUUCGUUAUCAUUCGUAUGCCGCUUCAUUUACUGACGCUGUGGCUGAGGCUAAUGUUGCUUUUCUUUGAAGCCGUCAUUCCUAAUAUCCCCUUCUUUUUCUGCGCUUGGAGAGCAUGGUCGCACUAUCAAGCUUUACAAGGCGCUCGCUAUAUAGACGGCUUGUUGAAGACCGGCAAGAUUGUACCACAAUCGCUUAUGGAGCUAGACUCCGUCUAUGAAACGCCGACCACUGAAGAGGGAAACCUCAUCGUUAGCCGUAACUCGCUCGGAAACGCCAUGCGGACGCUGGAAAUGAGUCCUGACGACUCCAAAGAUAUCAUUCGUGCAUACGAACAAGUUCGAAACCGCUCAAAGUAG